AUGGCGGAGCGAGCCGCGGCAGGAGUGGACGGCGGAGGGAGCUGCGGCAGGAGUGGAUGGCGGAGCGGCCCGCGGCAGGAGUGGACGGCGGAGCGAGCCGCGGCAGGAGUGGACGGCGGAGCGAGCCGCCGCAGGAGUGGACGGCGGAGCGAGCCGCGGCAGGAGUGGACGGCGGAGGGAGCUGCGGCAGGAGUGGAUGGCGGAGCGAGCCGCGGAAGGAGUGGACGGCGGAGGGAGCUGCGGCAGGAGUGGACGGCGGAGCGGCCCGCGGCAGGAGUGGACGGCGGAGGGAGCUGUGGCAGGAGUGGACGGCGGAGCGGCCCGCAGCAGGAGUGGACGGCGGAGCGAGCCGCAGCAGGAGUGGACGGCGGAGGGAGCCGCGGCAGGAGUGGACGGCGGAGCGAGCCGCGGCAGGAGUGGACGGCGGAGGGAGCUGCGGCAGGAGUGGACGGCGGAGCGAGCCGCGGCAGGAGUGGACGGCGGAGGGAGCCGCGGCAGGAGUGGACGGCGGAGGGAGCUGCGGCAGGAGUGGACGGCGGAGCGGCCCACGGCAGGAGUGGACGGCGGAGCGAGCCGCAGCAGGAGUGGACGGCGGAGGGAGCUGCGGCAGGAGUGGACGGUGGAGCGGCCUGCGGCAGGAGUGGACGGCGGAGCGAGCCGCGGCAGGAGUGGACGGCGGAGGGAGCUGCGGCAGGAGUGGACGGCGGAGCGGCCCGCGGCAGGAGUGGACGGCGGAGCGAGCCGCAGCAGGAGAGGACGGCGGAGGGAGCCGCGGCAGGAGUGGAUGGCGGAGCGAGCCGCGGCAGGAGUGGACGGCGGAGGGAGCCGCGGCAGGAGUGGACGGCGGAGGGAGCUGCGGCAGGAGUGGACGGCGGAGGGAGCCGCGGCAGGAGUGGAUGGCGCAAGAAAGUUUCAGUUACAAUGAGAGGUUACACCUCUGGUCGUGCCUCGCGGUACCUGAGUAGAGUCGCCAGACGUGCAGAACGUGAGGUCCCACAGCGAAGGGUUGGUCCGCUGAGCGACGGUGCCUGGAGCAGGCAGAGCCCCUGGUCGGCCUGGGUGGAGGCGGCGUGGGGCAGCUGCCGGACUGCCGCGCUCUCCGUGCGGCAGCGAGGAGUGUGCGUGCCUGCCGAGAGGGAGUGGGUGGCCGGCGUGGGUGGGGGUGGCGGAGGCCGGCUCCAGCAGGUCGUCUGGAGCGGCGGCCCACUGCCGCGCUGCGAGCAGCUGCAGCCGCUCCAGCUAAGCAAGCCUUGGCAAGACGUGAAGCGCGGCGCUGCGGGACAGCCUCUCAGACUGCCACUGACGGCGAGCUCUCCAGACCCGCCCACCGUCCCUGGACAGCUCAGGGUGACGGCUGCUUCUGGCACGUGGCAUGCGGUGCUCCAGUAA